GAAAGAACAACUUUUUCAACUUAUACAACUUCAAUAAUCGACAACAAUGACCAUACUUAACAAUUUUUCUUACCGUUGAGUCGUUUGUACGGCGCAACAUAUCAUUAGAACAAUGACUUUUCAAAGUUCUUGUCAAAAACUUUCCACUUGACCGACCGUCAAAUACACGUUUUGCGUCUAAAACGAUCUUUUCCGUUGAAUUUCAUCACAAAGUUGCCGGAAAAGGUAUUUGUUUGUCAUUAUCUGGCAGUCGAACCUCGACACGAGCGCGAUUGACACAAAAAUGCUUCUCAAUCUCUUGCUGAUUUGUUCCGUCGUUGCAACGGCUUUUGCCCAAGAAUUCCUGUAUCCGCCGGAAAAUGUGCCCAUUUGGAAGGGAAAACGUUACGAGCUACGAAAAGCGGAGAAAUUAGACGAAUUUUUGACAGAAAUCGGCAUCAACUUCUUUAAACGCAAAUUCUUCCUGUUGCAAGAACCAAUCAUUGAAUUGAUCGAUAUCGGCAAUGACGAGUACAUCAUGCGCCAUACCACGACACUCAAAACGACGGAAUUCCGCUUUAAGCCCGACGUCGAAUUCCAAUCCGAUCAAAUAAGUCAGCUGGAGGGAACGUACAAAGCAAAAGUUACUUUCGAUACGGCAAAUCGACUAACAUUAACUUACCUCGACGGACCACAAAUUCAAAUUGUCUACGAUUUCAAGGAAACGCAACUACAAGUUACAUCCAGUUGCAAUAAUGUCGAAGCCCGACGAUGGUUUAAGGCAAUUUAGCUCGAUGUCAUCAAAUUGAAUGAAUUGCAAAAGCUUACUGAAAGAAGAAAAUGCAUCGUAAUAUUAAAUAAAAAUAAAUUUUCAAAAAAAAAUCAAAGCCGUCGCAUGCAACAACAAUAAUUUUUUAUAUAAAUAUGUGAAAAAUUACCCUCUGGAGGUAAUAAAAUAAAUAAAUAUGGAACAAUAAAAUAUGC